AGACGCUCGGAAUUGGCGGGGAUGGCGGCUGGAGCCGAGGGCCUGGCUUCAGGGUGGAGCCAAGUCUGUGAAGGGGGCGAGGCCUCCGGACGCUGCAGUGGCAGCCACGUCCUGUUGUCUCUAAAAAGCAGCCCUGGCGCCUGUUUGUGGGGUUUCAGCCAUGUCCGAGGUGAAGAGCCGGAAGAAGCCUGGGUCCAAGGGCGCCGCAGCGCAGCCGGAGAAGCGGGGCGAGGGCGGGAAGAGCCCCGAGAAGCGGGGCCGGAGCUGGGGGGACCCCCGGACCGCGCUCAGCCUGCUGUCGCUGGGGACGUGCCUGGGCCUGGCCUGGCUUAUAUUUCAACAAUCAGAAAAGUUUGCAAAGGUGGAACACCAAUACCAGUUACUGCAAAUAGAAAGCAAUGAGUUCCAAGGACUUCAAAGUAAAAUCAACUCAAUUUCAGAAAAGCUUGAGACUACUGAAAGUAUCCUGCAGGAAGCUACGUCAUCCAUGUCUUUGAUGACCCAGUUUGAACAGGAAGUAUCUGGCCUUCAAAGAUUCAUGCGUGACAUUCAGAAUAGUGAAGAGGUGAUCACUCACAAGAUGCAAAACCUAAAUGAGAGAUUCCAGAACAUCACAGAUUUCUGGAAGAGAGCCCUAGCAGAGAUGAAUGAUAAUACGGUUGUUUUCAAAUCCGAAGCAAAGCACAUACAUUCUGAAGUUACUGUCCAAAUUAACUCAGUGGAACAGGAAAUGAAAUUGCUUGCUGAGCGGCUAAAAGAUUUGGAAGACAGCACACUACGAAAUGUCAGGACAGUGAAAAGGCAAGAAGAGGAAGAUCUUCUGCGAGUAGAGGAACUGCUGAGCUCCAAUUCAAAAGCAGUUGAGAAGCUAGAAGAGGAGCAGCGCGCUCUCCUGGCUGGAGAGGAAGAUCUGACAACCAAACUUUCCGACUAUGAACCCAAAGUUGAAGAAUGCAAGGCGCAUUUGCCAACAAUUGAAAAUGCAAUUCACUCUGUUCUCAGAGUUUCUCAGGAUCUGAUGGGAGCAGAAAAGAAGAUGGAAGACCUGACUAUGCAGAUGUUUAAUAUGGAAGACGAUAUGCUGAGAGCAGUGUCGGAAAUAAUGGAGAUGCAGAAAGCCCUGGAGGGGCUCCAGUACGAUAACAGCAUAUUAAAGAUGCAGAACGAACUGGUAGUUCUAAAAGGAAAAGUUCACGAUUUUGUGACAUACUCAAGUACAAGGGAAAAGGGGACUUUGGAUGAAUAUAACCUAGAAAAUAAGGGAGCUGAUGGUGACUUUUAAGUUUACUGUGCACUUCUAAUGAAGUAUACAACUGGAAGUGCCAUGUUCUGCCUCACUUCAUAGAGAACAAUUGAAAUAGCCACACAAAUGGAGUAAAAACAUAAUCAGAAUCUUUUAAGUUCUAAAACUUAUUUUAACCAUUUUAAAUAAAAAUAGUUCUAAAAUAUAUAUUGCUGUA